AGCAGCGCAGACUCCCUCCUCCCUCUCCCCUCCCCCCACCGAAUAUGACUUCUUACUCUGACUCCUGAGGCACAAAUUAGGCAGUGCUUUACCGCCGGAGCCGGAAAGCCAGUGUGCACAACUAUGCGUGGGUUUUAAAAUGAGAAGCAGCUCGAAGGCAGGUCAGGGAUUAAGAAGCAUGCUCCAUGAAGCGAGGGACAGGCAGAAGUUCUUCAGCGAUGUUCAGUAUCUUCGGGACAUGCAGCACAAGGGGGAUGUGGAGUACCAGGCUUGUUUGAGACGACAGGAGUACAGAAGAGACUCAAAUGAGAAGAAACAAGAUCAUUUUGGGGUCCAAGAGACAGCUUCUGAGAGAUCCCUGCUGUCAAACAAGGUGUCUUCCAAACAGCAGAGUUCUGAUGAGGAAGAGUCUCCAGCUGAACCAAGACCAUCAACCAGAAAGUGUGGGGCUAAGUGUGAUUCCAAACUUCCAGCCAUCACCCAGUCACCAGUCAAGCAGAAACACAAAAGCACUAUGACUUCCAGGAAACCAGAGCACGCAGUCCCCAGCAAACCCUCUCCAGAAGCACCCAAGAUCGUGCCAAGGAAGGGGAGACCAGCCCUGGGGAGACUGACAGGCAGCCCAGAAAGGCACAGUCCGAGAUCAUCUGAGGACAGAGGCAGACGGCAGUGGCAGCCCCCAGCAAAGGCAGCAGCUCUCUGGGGACCAGGCCCGGUAGUUCAACAGGAAGACUCCAUGUGGGCAGGCAAAACAAAGCUGAACAGGACAACUCAAGAGAGAAGAAAUUUCAUCUCAUCCUCAGAGCGGAUGGGGACCACUGAGAGCCCCACUGAAGGAGCCAAAUGCAGAGACCCAAAUGCUCUGCCCUUCAAAGAACCAAAUCCAGCCCUCGCUCAGACCUCCCGAGGAACGAGGAGUCCUCAGGGGCUGAGUGCAUCCUUGGGGCCGGCACCCACACCUGCCGCUACUGUGGGGGGGCCGUGGAGGACAGCACGUGGGUGCCAAGGUGAAGCAUUGUGUUCCACCCCAUCACUGAGCACGAAACAAGAAAAUGAUGUCACUGGAAAAGAAAGCUACACAGAAGAAGAAAUCUGGUUGGCUGCUAUGCGACCUCCCUGUUCUUCCAAUUGUAAACAAAGUAGAGUUCUUGGGACACCUGCCUCUCAGGCCAAAUAUAACAAUUUCGAAGGAAAUGCUGACCCCUGCAGAGGUAAUUCUUUAAGAAACAAGCCCAAUCCUGGCUCAUUAAGAAGAAACGGUGCAGUGGAGCCAGUGACAAGCCAGUCUUCUGUCAGGCGAAGGGUGCUCCCAGCACCCAGGCUGCCUGGUGGGGCGUCUAGUGCAGAAAGCAACAGUAGAGACGGCACAAAUGAGAAAAGGACCUUUAAUUCGGGCACCAAAUCCGAUUCUAGCCCAGACAAUGAUGUCAACGCCAAAAGCAUACCUAGGGGUUGCAGUUCUAAGGAUGGUAGGCCUGGUGCCCAUGACUAUGAAAGAGAGUGCCAGGGCUAUUUACAUGGUUCUAGAAAUUCUCCUAAUUACCUACUUUCGGAUAGACCGGUAUCUUCCAGACCACCGGUGAAUUCGUCACCUGACGCACUUGGAUCAUUGCCGCACACUGCUCCGAGUGAUCACGUUCCAACUGGCUCGUCAAUGUCAUCUGCUCUGGGUCCCACCUUGGACUCAGGAUUCAGCGCUUGCCAACCUCUGCCUGCUAUUAGAAGCAGGAAUCCACUUGCCACAUCUGAAAGCCACAGUGAUUUUCCAGUAAACACUGAACACGCAUCUGAUGUCCCGGGAGCGGAGGACACUACUCCACCAAGCCGGAUUCAGGGAGCUCCGCUGUAUGCAGAUCUCUCACAAAAUCCUCAAGGCAGCUGGUUCCGGGUGGCUUCUCCUCUACCUUCUCUGCCCAGAGAGGAUUUGCAAGGUCGCUGGCACAUGCUUGAGUCCCUGCAGGAAAAUGCACCUUUUGCUUUCUUUGUUGUAUCAGAAUCUCCAAAUCAAAAUGAUGAUAUGAACAAUGUGUCUGUCUCUGGUUUCACAAAUGAAAAAAAAAAGGCAGACCCGGAGAAACUCAAGAAAUUGCAAGAAAGUCUCCUGGAGGAGGACUCAGAGGAGGAGGGAGACGUGUGCCGCAUCUGUCAAAUAGCCGGGGGUUCCCCGGCCAACCCCCUCCUGGAGCCUUGCAGCUGCGUGGGAAGCCUUCGACUUGUUCACCGAGAGUGCUUGGAGAAGUGGCUGAAAACGAAAAUAACAUCAGGAGCAGACCUAAGUGCCGUGAAGACCUGUGAGAUGUGUAAGCGAGACCUUCUCGUCAACCUGGACGACUUCAACAUGACCGAGUUCUUCCACAAGCACCAGCAAUCCCAGGCCCAGAGUGAGCUGAUGGAUUCAGGCUUGUACCUGAUGCUGCUGCUUCACCUGUACGAGCAGAGGUUUGCAGAACUCAUGAGACUUGACUUCAUGUGGGUUGGGAGAGAAAGGUUGUCAAGAAAUGAUCCGCAACCCAGACCAGAAGAAAAUGAAAGUAGGCUCGGGGGUCAGUCCUGCCUUUCUGAGGAUUCCGAGCUGGGAGACGGAACCGAGAGCAGCGUUUAUCCCAGCCGCAUCGUCUAGAGGGACGGCACAGCGCUCGGCA